ACAGAUUUAAUUGACACAGAAAAAAACACAUACGCGAAAAAGGAAAUGUUAACGGAAAAAACAGUAAAUAAAACUCAACAGAAACCUCUACGAAGUGAAACGCCCAUUGAUCCGGCGCUCGCUCGCACUCUCUCUCUCUCUCCUGAACUUUUAUUGCUUCACUCCCAAUAAACCUUCCAUGAAUGUUUCCCAGAUUUCUCAUCUCAAUAACAACCCCAGACAUCUAUGAAACCUCCCCCAAUCUUUUCAAUAAAGCCCUAGACUUGUAGGGUUUUUUGGAGUGCCCAAACAGUCCCAGCUCGAGAUGCCUUCCUCUCCAAAGUACUUCAAUGCUCGAGCUUCUUCAUACAAUCGCAGAUCAAUAGUCCUGAUCUUCUGUCUACUGAUCGGACUGGUAGGGUUUCUGAUAGGGAUCGUCUCAAUCUUGAGUCCGGCAUUGGGGUACAAGUGUAAGAACAGAGAACCGAGAACGGUCUCUGUGGUUUGGGAGAGACAUGGUGACGGUGAAGAUAGGAAUGGUGGGUCUUCUUCCAAUGGGGAUCAGAAGAGGCAUAAGGUUAUGGGAUUUGUGGGGAUUCAAACUGGGUUUGGAUCGGGUGGUAGGCGGCGAUCUUUGCGGCAGACUUGGAUGCCAUCCAAUCCGCAAGAGCUUCGACGUUUGGAAGAAGCCACUGGCUUGGCUUUCAGAUUUAUUAUUGGUAGAACUAGGGAUAAAUCAAAGAUGUCAGAGCUCAGAAAGGAGGUGGCAAUGUACGACGAUUUUCUGUUGUUAGACAUCGAGGAGGAGUAUAGUAAGCUCCCAUACAAAACGUUAGCUUUCUUCAAAGCUGCUUAUGCCAUUUUUGAUUCCGAGUUUUAUGUUAAAGUUGAUGAUGAUAUUUAUUUGAGGCCAGAUCGCCUCUCACUGCUUUUGGCUAAAGAGCGUUCUCAUCCUCAAACUUACAUUGGAUGCAUGAAGAAGGGUCCAGUUUUCACUGACCCGCACCUCAAAUGGUAUGAACCACUAUCAUCUUUGCUUGGGAAUGAGUACUUCGAGCAUGCUUAUGGUCCAAUAUAUGCUCUUUCUGCCGAUGUUGUAGCAAGCUUGGUUGCUUUAAAAAACAACAGUUUCCGGAUGUUCAGCAAUGAGGAUGUCACAAUCGGUGCAUGGAUGCUUGCAAUGAAUGUCGACCACGAGGACAAUCGACAAAUAUGUGAAGCAGAAUGUACUUCCUCGUCUAUUGCUGUGUGGGAUAUUCCCAAGUGUUCAGGGCUAUGUGAGCCAGAAAAGAAGUUACUGGAACUUCAUAAAAAAGAGAUCUGCUCUAAGAGCCCGACUGUAGAAUCCGACGAAUGAUAUUCUUGCCCCAUUUCAUCAAGUCUGGUAAAUCUCAGAAGGUGCUUUGAAGAAUGGGCUAUUCCUUGAAGUUGGUUCUGCUGCUUCUGUAUAUGUUUUUUUAUGGCCAUCAUUUUUAUUUUUUUUCUCAAUUAGAAUAUAAAAAACAAAAUUUUAACGGCAGCGUGCACUUUUUUUUUUUCCUCGAAGUUACAGAAGUUAGGAAAUAUUGUUAGUUUUGAGGAUGAUCUCCCGCUUCAGUUUUCAUUCCUGGUAUGACAGAAUUCUUGAUAAUUUUUUUUCUUAGAAAAUAGUAUUAGUUUUGAGGAUGAUCUCCCACUUCAAUUUUCA